AUGACAAAGCUCAAGUUUGCCAUUCUUGACGACUAUCAGGGCAUAGCGCCCGCCUAUUUUGCCCAUCUCGAGUCACGCAUCGACAUCUCCAGUUUCCCCGAAACCCUCGACCCCCGCAAUCCCGGACAGCACGAUGCGCUCAUCCAACGACUGCAUCCGUUCGAUGUCAUCCUCGCGAUGCGGGAGCGCACCCCCUUUGCGGCCAAGACCAUCUCCGCACUGCCGAAUUUAAAACUCCUCUUGACCACCGGAACCCGGAAUCUCUCGCUCGACCUGGAGGCUUUUGCGCGGGCCAACAUCCCCGUCGCGGGGACCGAGGGGCGACCUCCCGGCGUAAAUUCGACCGUCCAACAUACCUGGGCCUUGAUUCUAGCACUAGCCCGGAAUGUCGCCCGUGAUGAUGCCGCCGUGAAGCGGGGUGAAUGGCAAGGCGCCCUGGGAUUAAAUCUGUCGGAAAAGACCCUCGGACUCCUCGGUCUCGGGAAACUGGGAUCUCAAGUGGGCAAGAUUGCAGUUCUCGCCUUUGGCAUGAAAGUGUCGGCCUGGUCGACCAAUUUGACCCAAGACAAGGCCGAUGAGCAAGCGCAAGCUCAGGGCCUGCCGGCGGGAUCCUUCGUGGUCGCUGCCUCCAAAGAAGCCUUUUUUGCGCAGGCGGACGUGGUGAGCGUGCACAAUGUGCUCUCCGACCGAAGCCGCGGCAUCGUCAGUACCGCGGAGUUGGCCAAGAUGCGAUCCACUGCAUUCAUCGUCAACACGUCGCGAGGGCCCUUGAUCGAUGAGGCAGCUCUCCUCGAGGCUCUGAAUGCAGGACGCAUUCGUGGAGCAGCCCUCGAUGUAUUCGACCCCGAGCCCUUGCCGCUGGACAGUCCCUGGCGAACCACGCCGUGGGGUCAAGACGGGCGCAGCGAGGUGGUCUUGACGCCCCACAUGGGAUAUGGGGAAGAAGAGCUACUCCGCGGUUGGUAUCGGGAAACAGCGGAGAAUCUAGAGAGGUGGCUCAAGGGAGAGGAACUGGUGCGCAAGAUGAACUAA